AUGUCUGAAACGAACUCGCCUAAUUCGAAACCUGGUGGUGCAAACAAGCACUACUCGUCUAUGCUUCUGCGCACUGCUGGGCUUGCCUGGCGCUACAAGAAGACAUCACUGCUCGUCGCCGGCAUCGCUUACCUAGCCGUAAAGAACAAAGUCAACGCCGCCAAGAAAGAUAUCUCCGAGAACAUCAUCGACGGCACUGUGCUAACCUGGCGACUGAACGGCGGCUCCAUUGUCGAAACCACGGCGCCGACGCAUUUCGGCAGCGCCAGUAUGAUCAGCAAACUGAUCAAGCGGCUGUCGGGCGGGCCCAAGGAGAUGACCAUGCUGGAGGCGCUAUUGGCCCUGGAGAUGGCCGCUGAAGAUCCGCGGGUAAAGUCCCUUGUGGUACGUGUUACGCCAGAAGUCACCGGGGCCGGGGCCAAGGGAAAUGAGCCGCUGUCGAUUGGCCUGGGCAUUGCCCAAAUCCAGGAGCUGCGCCAGGCGCUGGCCACGUUCAGGGCCAAGAAAGAAGCCCAGAAGCAGCAGGCAGCUGGAAUGGUAGACAAAGACUUGGGUCGCACGUACUUCUACAUUGACUCGUUUGACGACCAGGCCACGUACUAUCUGGCCUCAGCUUUCAGCGACAUUAUCGUGCAGCCGACCGGCUAUGUUCCGCUGAUAGGACUCUCAUCGACGCAGUUUUACUUCAAGCGGCUGGGGGACAAGAUUGGCGUCAACGUGCACGUCGAGGCGCGCAAGGAGUACAAGAGCGUGGUUGCGCCCUACUCGGAAGAGUCGAUGCCCGAGAAGCACCGCGAAAAUCUGAUGAGCCUGCUGACGUCGCUCAAUGACACGCUUGUUGCCGAUAUUGCGCUGGCACGGGGACCAGCCAUUCUGAAGCAGACCGGGCAGGAGGGCAGCGAGGACGGCGCUCCGCUGACUGCCGCCGAUGUCGUUCGCCGCGCGAUGGAGGUUGGCCCGCUGCCUGCCAUUGACGCUAUCAACGCGGGGCUGGUCAGUGAGCAGGGAUAUCCAUUCGGGAUCGCAUCGAUCAUCGGCCCGCGCAAGCCUAUGCUUGUGUCGACGUACAGCAGCAAGCGGCGCGACGAAAUCCUGUCCAAGGAGAUGCACGAUGACCCGGCCGGCAGCAGUGGCAAGCAAGGCUCACUGAUGGGCAGCUUUAAACAGGCGCUCGGCAGACCCGACAUAAAGAAGGUCGCGCAGUCGCUCGAGCUACUCAUUCCGUCGCGCCCGGUCACCGUUGGCGUCGUUUACCUAAUGGGGACCAUUGAGCGGCUAGGCCCGCAGGGCUCGCAUUCGGUCGCCGCCUCGCUGCUGCAGGCGGCCAAGGAUCCGCAGGUGUCGGCGAUUGUCCUGCGCAUAGACUCGGGCGGCGGCGACGUUAUUGCCAGCGACACCAUUGCGGCAGCCGUCGACUAUGUACAAACGCACUUUGCCAAGCCCGUCGUUGCCAGCUACGGCAACGUGUCGGCAUCGGGCGCGUACUACUCAUCGACAUCGUGUAAGCGCAUAUUCGCCAGCCCCGGCACCAUCACGGGCAGCAUUGGCGUGGCAGCGAUGCGCCCGGUGUUCACCAGCAAGCUGAUGGACUUUAUCGGUACCAACGUUGAGGAGCUGUACACGGUUGAUAAUAAGUGCAACUCGGUGUUCCACGCGCCUGAGGGCGCUGUGUUGGAGAGGUACCAGCGCAACGUUGACCAUAUUUAUAGUGACUUUACUGCGCGCGUCGCCAAGGGCCGCGGGUUCACUGGGGAGCAGGCUGAGAGUGUUGCGCGCGGCCAGGUGUUCACGGGUGUGCAAGCGCUGGGCAAUGGCCUGGUUGACGAGAUGGGCGGCUUCACCAGGGCCAUCGAGGCUGCGGCACAGCUGGGCCACGAGGCGCGCGUAGAUAUUGCGAAGAAGCUUGUGGAGUUUUAUGUGGAUCGCUCGAAUAACACUGAGAUUCAAAAAGCCGUUGCGUACGAGCAGUUUGCGUCUGUCGAUGAGGCUGUCGAGAAGAUCGCUUUGGCUUCGAAAGGGAAAAAGGCCACGGCCACGACCGAUGCCAAGCCUGUCGUUGCUAUUGAGCUCAAGGUGGCCAAGGGCGAUGAUCAAGAAGCAGCUCUUGGUGCGGUCAAACAUGAAGGGCCGCCGGUAUUCAAGGCUGACAUUUUGAAGAAUGUCAAAGUCAAAGAAUUCCCUGAGUCUGUGUCGGCGACAAAGAGCCUUAUUUCAAGACUUGUUUUCGGGUCUUCAGACGAUAAAGAUAAUGGCACCAGCGGCAGCAGCACCAGUGCAGCGCUUGAUGAUUACGUUGGCGGCCCGCAGAUGAUGUUCAGCAAUAUUGUCAGCAGCGCAGUGUCGGCGGCAAUCAGAAACGAGAUCAAGCAGAUUCUCUCGCAGGACCCGAGCUCUAUUGCCUCGUCGUUGGCGCAGACUGCUCAAGAGCACAGCCGCAGCCAGGUGCGCGCCGAGGCGGACCAAGUAAAGUUUAAGUAA